AAACUUUCAUGUACGGUCGCACUGAAAUUCCGUCACAAACAUUGCCAAGAAUCGACGUGAUUGCGGAUUAAAAUUUUUGUUUUUGCACUUGCUUGGAAAUUUCGCCACUAUCAAACAUCGAUUAAAUGGAAUAAUUUAGCCGUCUACGCCGCAAUUGUGCAACGAAAAUACAUAAAACAGCUGGGCAAAAACGGAGUGCAGUGGGAAAAUGGACACAACUCCCACUCCGCGAGCGAACGAAAGGAAAGGGGAAAUCGUGUGAUGUCAUUUUGACUGUUUCUUUUCGAGUUAAUUGAAACAACUUCCUGUGCUGCUUUUGAUUUUCUGCUGCCAACUGCUUUUUAAGCGCCACUGUGUGCGUGUGCGGGAGUGCGCUAGUGUGUGUGUGUGAUCUACAUAGAUAAAUAUAUAUUGUGUAAAAUUAUUUGCCGUUAAAAGCACACGGUUAAUUGGCCAUUAAGUGCUAUUUAAUUUAGUAAUUUAGCGGGGUGAGGGCAGUAAAAAAGAGAAGAAAAACCACAGAAAUACCAUUCCACACACACACACACACGCGAAAAAGAGAAAAGGUGAAACGCACGCACACCAUAAAAAGCACACCGCGAGUGGAGUUGUGUGAGUGGGGUUUCGAUAAAAAAAAAUCCACAAAAAAUACAACAAAAUAAAGUCCGGCAUAAACAAAUCGACUUAUCGAUUUCCCUCCAAAAAAUAAAAAAGUAUCGAAAAGAUUCCGCCCAGGACAAAACAACGAGCAAAAUCACCUGCCACGCCCACGGGCAGCUGUACCGUCCACUACCACCACCAGCCCCCAUUCCCCGUACUAUAAAGGAUAUCCAUCAUCCAUCAUGUCCAGUCCCAGCAACACGGAUAAUGGCCAAUCUGUGCAGGAUCUGCAAAUGGAGGUGGAGAGGCUUACCCGCGAACUGGACCAGGUUUCCUCCGCCAGCGCCCAGUCUGCACAGUAUGGUCUGUCCCUGCUGGAGGAGAAGUCCGCCCUGCAGCAAAAGUGCGAGGAACUGGAGACCCUCUACGACAACACGCGCCACGAACUGGACAUCACACAAGAGGCGCUGACGAAAUUCCAAACCUCACAGAAAGUGACCAACAAAACGGGCAUCGAGCAGGAAGAUGCCCUUCUGAAUGAAUCGGCUGCUAGGGAGACAUCGCUCAAUCUCCAGAUCUUUGAUCUGGAAAACGAGCUCAAACAGUUACGCCAUGAGUUGGAAAGGGUUCGCAACGAGCGCGACAGGAUGUUGCAGGAAAACUCGGAUUUCGGACGGGACAAGAGCGACAACGAGGCGGACCGCCUGCGCCUCAAGUCCGAGCUAAAGGAUCUAAAGUUUCGCGAAACGCGAAUGCUCAGCGAGUACUCGGAGCUGGAGGAAGAGAACAUAUCGCUGCAGAAGCAGGUCUCAAACCUACGCAGCUCGCAGGUGGAAUUUGAAGGUGCCAAACACGAGAUCCGUCGUCUCACCGAAGAAGUUGAGAUUUUGAAUCAACAGGUUGAUGAGCUGGCGAAUCUCAAGAAGAUUGCUGAGAAGCAAAUGGAGGAGGCGCUUGAGGCCCUGCAGGGUGAACGCGAGGCGAAGUAUGCGUUGAAGAAGGAGCUUGAUGGUCACUUAAACCGCGAGUCUAUGUACCACAUCAGCAACCUGGCUUACAGUAUACGUAGCAACAUGGAGGACAAUGCCAGCAACAACUCGGACGGUGAGGAAGAGAAUCUGGCCCUGAAGCGCUUAGAGGCUGACCUGAGCACCGAACUAAAAUCCCCAGAUGGCACCAAGUGCGAUCUCUUCUCGGAGAUUCAUUUAAACGAAUUAAAGAAACUGGAGAAACAGUUGGAGAGCAUGGAGAGUGAGAAGACGCAUCUGACGGCCAAUUUACGGGAGGCACAGACGAGCUUGGACAAGUCACAAAACGAACUGCAAAACUUCAUGUCACGGCUUGCUCUCCUUGCUGCUCAUGUAGAUGCUUUAGUUCAGCUAAAGAAGCAGAUCGACGUGAAAGAGCACGGCAAGGAUAAUGGCCAGAAGAAGGAUGAGCUAGAGCAGCAGUUGCGAUCUUUGAUCUCGCAGUAUGCCAACUGGUUCACCCUCUCCGCCAAGGAGAUUGAUGGCCUUAAGACUGAUAUAGCCGAGUUGCAAAAGGGACUCAACUACACAGACGCCACAACUACGCUGCGCAACGAGGUGACCAAUCUGAAGAACAAACUCCUGGCCACGGAGCAGAAGUCGCUGGAUUUGCAGAGCGACGUGCAAACCCUCACACAUAUCUCGCAGAACGCUGGACAAAGUUUGGGCUCAGCCCGCAGUACUUUGGUGGCUUUGAGCGACGAUCUAGCCCAGCUGUAUCACCUUGUUUGCACUGUCAACGGAGAAACUCCAACGCGUGUCCUACUGGAUCACAAGAGCGAUGAUAUGAGUUUCGAAAACGAUUCCCUGACCGCCAUCCAGUCACAAUUCAAAUCGGAUGUCUUUAUUGCCAAACCCCAGAUCGUCGAGGAUCUGCAAGGUUUAGCGGAUUCCGUGGAGAUCAAGAAAUACGUCGAUACAGUCAGCGAUCAGAUCAAGUAUCUGAAAACAGCUGUAGAGCAUACAAUCGAUCUUAACAAACACAAAGUGCGCUCCGAAGGUGGCGAUGUUUCAGCACUAGAGAAGGUCAACACUGAGGAGAUGGAGGAACUGCAGGAGCAGAUAGUCAAGUUAAAGAGCCUGCUGUCCGUAAAGCGCGAACAGAUCGGAACUCUGCGCAACGUUCUUAAGUCAAACAAACAAACCGCCGAAGUGGCCCUUACCAAUCUCAAAUCCAAAUACGAGAACGAGAAAAUCAUUGUCAGCGAUACCAUGUCCAAGCUGCGUAAUGAGCUCAGGCUUCUUAAGGAGGAUGCAGCCACUUUCUCCAGCCUGCGUGCUAUGUUUGCCGCUCGCUGCGAGGAGUAUGUGACCCAGGUGGAUGAUCUCAACCGCCAGCUGGAGGCAGCCGAGGAGGAGAAGAAGACUCUAAACCAGCUGCUGCGCUUGGCCGUCCAGCAGAAGCUGGCACUAACCCAGAGACUCGAAGAGAUGGAAAUGGAUCGCGAAAUGCGACACGUCCGUCGCCCGAUGCCCGCCCAGCGUGGCACUAGCGGCAAGUCCUCAUUCAGCACGAGGCCAUCGAGCAGGAAUCCAGCGAGCAGCAACGCCAACCCAUUCUAACAUAAGAUCAGCGUGCAGCGUAAACUUCUAGCUUUGGUUUAUACUUUGCUUAAGUUGUAAAUUCGUUGGAGUUCCUGCGGAAAGAUAUUCCCACAAUCACAAGAUAUACUGCAAGCGUUUUUGAGAACGAAGCUAUAUCCAUGCUCUAUCCAACUACUAUAACUAUGUUUGUAUUGUAUUUGUAUUUAUUGAAAGUUUAGUUAGAUGAAAGUUUUGUGUUAGACAAGGAAGCAGCAAACGGUUAUUAACGGUUAGUUACUUAAACGUCCAAUUAAUUUAAUUAAAAACAAACAUUAAGGAAAAAGAUUAAUUAAUAACGUAACGAAAUGUAUUUUUCUAUAUACAUAUGACGUAACUAUCUUUAAAGGCGUCUAAAUUUUGUUCGAUUUGAGUUUUGUUAUCUUUCGCGUUGAUUAUUUAAUUUUUGUUAACAACGCUGUGCGCAAGCGAAAAGAAAUUGAUAAACAAAACGAUGAUAAAUAAGUUGAUGUUGAACAAAAGAUAUUGAUAUUGGCAAAUGAACCAUGUAUUAAUUGGCCAGCCCGAUAACCGAGAGUAUUUUUUCAUGGCCCAGUUUAGGCAAAGUGGCCCCUAAAUGUACGUAAAGAUCAAGUGGCCAGAUAUGUGGCCGAAAUGUAUAUUACCGAUGGUCCUGCAGCUAUUGAACUUAGAGUAGCAAAAGGCUACGUCUUAAAGACGAUUUUCUAAACGAUGAUGACUUUUGUAUUUAUUGAGCGGCAUUUUCCCGCCUCGAAAUGAAGAAAUUAUAGGAAAUGAAUUAUAAUUUGCAAAGGAGAAAGAAAACUAAGUUUUUGUGUUUUUUUUAGCAUUAAUUCAGACAUAACUUAUGAUUUGUGCAUUAUUAUUUAAUAUAAUUAAUAAAUUGCAACACAAAAAAUAUUAAUGAAGUGAA